AUGGCGUCAAACGAACCACCACGGUUUGACGAAUCUGAAGACGAGGAGGAUUUCAAUCCUGCCCCUGCGGAUAUAUCAGAUGAGGAGCUAGUCGACAACAACAACAGCCCACCAUCGAAAGCAAAAUCGCGUCAUCAGACCAACAAUGGACGAGAGGCCCAUCAAUCAUCAGGCCAAGCAGAUUCUAGAGAAAGCUACGAUGAAGAUAAUGACGACAUGACAGGUCGCCGAAGGCGUGCCGCAGAUUACGAUGAUGAUCAGAAUGGUGAAGAUGGUGAAGAAGUAAGAGAUGAAGAGGACGGUGAGGACGAAGACGACGAUGAAGACGACGAAGACGAAGAUAUACAGCAGGGUCAUCGCCGUAAGAGACGUCGAGACCGCCGCAAUGCUUUCCUCGAUAUCGAGGCCGAGGUAGACGACGAAGACGAGGCAGAAGAUGAAGAGAAAGACGGCGAAGAGAUAGAAGAUUUUAUCGAUAAUGAGCACCCAGAUGACGUUGCCGAAAGCGCCCGACUUGACGAUGAUCGAAGGCACCGGGAGCUGGAUCGGCGCCGUGAAAUGGAAUCCAGUCUUGAUGCGGAGAAACAAGCGGAGAUACUUCGCCAAAGAUAUGGGAAUAGACGACCUGCGAAGGGGUUCGGUGACUCGGCAGUCGUACCCAAGCGCUUAUUGCUCCCCAGUGUCGAUGACCCAAGUAUUUGGGCUGUCAAAUGCAAGGAAGGCAAGGAACGCGAGGUCGUCUUAUCCAUUAUGAAACGGAUCGAGGAACGUAUCGGAACAAAAGAUGAACUCGCCAUUACUGCCGCCUUUGAGCGCGGCGGCGUUCAGUCUGUCAUGAAAGGUUUCAUCUACGUUGAAGCCCAACGACAAACAGAUAUUCUCGUUGCCCUAGAUGGCAUGCUGAACGUCUAUCCUCGAUCAAGAAUGACUCUCGUGGAUAUCAAAGAUAUGCCAGAACUACUUCGUAUCACAAAAACACCAACAUUGGAACCGGGUGCUUGGGUGCGACUACGCCGACCCGCAAAGCAUAGCGGAGAUCUGGCUCAAGUAAUUGAUGUUACUGAGAAUGGCCUCGAGGCGAGAGUGCGGUUUAUUCCACGAUUGGACUAUGGUGUACGCGAUGAUGCUCUAUCUAGCAUUGGCUCUGACGGUAAACGGAAGCGGCCUGGCGCUGCAGGUCCACGGCCACCGCAAAGGCUCUUCAGUGAAAUCGAGGCCCGAAAGCGACACCCUCGUUAUAUUCAAGGCAAUCCGUCCACGAACACAUGGUCGUACAUGGGCGAUGAGUUCGAGAAUGGUUUUCAAGUAAAGGAUGUGAAGAUACAACAACUUGUUGUUACAGAUGUGAAUCCAUCCCUAGAGGAGGUGACAAGGUUCGCCUCUGGUGCCGAAGAUGGCACGGAAAACUUGGACCUGAAAGCUCUUGCCGCCAGUCUGAAAGAUAGCAAUACGCUUGUGACGUAUCUUCCGGGUGAUAUAAUCGAAGUCUACUCGGGCGAACAAAAGGGUGUUGUUGGUAAAGCGACAAAUGUUCAGGGGGACAUUGUUACAAUGUCUGUGACUGAAGGUGAUUUGCAAGGACAAACUAUUGAGGUACCUACCAAGGGUUUACGCAAACGAUUCAAAAUUGGCGACCACGUCAAAGUCAUCGGUGGCAGUAAAUUCCGUGAUGAAGUGGGAACAGUGGUGAAAAUAGCUGAAGAUCGCGUUACUCUACUUACAGAUCAAACAAACACAGAAGUAACGGUCUUCAGCAAGGACUUGAGAGAAGCAAGCGAUAUCGGUGGUCAGGGCUCCCUGGGACAAUUUUCGCUGCAUGAUCUAGUGCAGCUUGACCCGACCACUGUCGGCUGUAUUGUCAAGAUUGAUCGCGAAUCCCUUGUCGUCCUUGAUCAGUACGGCGACACGAGGCAGGUGAUGCCAUCUCAAAUUUCCAACAAGCUGCCCAAAAGAAAGCAGGCUGUUGCUGCUGAUCGAGAUGGUUCUGAGAUUCGUCUUGAUGAUGUUGUCAAGGAGUUCACUGGACAACAUCGGCAGGGCAAAAUAAUUCACAUAUACCGGUCCUAUGUUUUCUUGCACACCAAUGAUAGCAACGAGAAUGCUGGUGUGUUCGUAACUAAGGCUAGCAUGGUCAACACGAUUGCUGCUAAGGGAGGGCGUGUCAACGCUGCGGCCACCGGCCCCGACUUAAGCAGUAUGAAUCCCGCGCUCAAGAUACAUAAGAAUGGAUUCGAAAAUAAGCCUGCCCAACCUGUGAAGAUGUUCGGGCGUGAUCGAGCAAUCAACCAGACGGCAAUCAUCAAAAAGGGGCCGUACAAAGGUCUUCUGGGUAUUGUGAAAGACACCACAGAUUCCCAUGCUCGUGUGGAGCUACACACAAAGGGUAAAACAAUCACAGUUCCGCGUGACUCCCUGAGCUUUAAAGAUAAGACCACCGGUGCUACCAUUGACAUUAAUGGUAGAGGUCGCGGUGCUGCUGGUGGGAGUGGACGAGGCGGGGGAGAACGAGUUCCAGCCUGGCAAGGGGGAUCUAGAACUCCCACGGGCGCUGGUGGCUUUGACAGAGUUCCAGCUUGGGGCUCACGCACUCCUGCUGUGGGUGGUAGAACACCGGCUUGGAAAGCACAAGAUUAUUCGGGCUCCCGCACACCAGCGUGGGCAGAUGGCUCAAGAACGGUUAACCCCUAUGACGGUAGUCGCACCGCGUACGGUUCUGGGUCACGUACUCCGGCGUGGCAGUCGGGUGCCCGAACCCCGGCAGCCGGUGACGCUUUCGUUGCUGGUUCACGAACACCUGCAUAUGCCAGUGGUGGUUCCGAUAGUUGGGUCUCCGGGUCGAAAACACCUGCUUGGGGUGCCUCGGCGCCUACACCAGGGGCACAUGGCAAUGAAUCCUGGGGCUAUACACCGGGUGCCAAUACCGGUGCAUAUGAUGCCCCUACGCCUGGCGCAGCCACAGGAGCACCGACUCCAGGUGCCAUGAACGCUCCAACUCCAGGCGCCUAUUCCGCUCCAACACCUGCGGCCAACGCUCCGACGCCUGGAGGCGGUUGGCAAGGCGGUUGGGGAGUUGAUUCUGCGCCAACUCCCGCCGCCGCUCCAACUCCUGGUGCCACUAGCUACUAUGAAGCCCCUACUCCGGCUGCUUACACCGGAGCUCCAGAAACUCCUGCAGCCAACGGGCCGAGGUACGGCGAUGAUGAAUAG